UACUAAAUUUGGGUUUUAUUUACCUUUACAUGCUGCUAGAUUAUUGUUUUAAGAACAUUUAUUUGUUAAGUGACAUUUCCUUCUCUAUGUGGUGCAACUUAUGAAUUUUAUCUUUUUGUAUGUCCCUCAAUGUUUUCUUCCCAUUUUCCCCCUGGUUAUGCUAAUUCCAUCUAUUGACAUUUUCUGUUUUCAUCGACCAAGACUUUUGGUUUCAUUGAUCAAUGAAUUGCUUUAGGCAUGCUUUGGAACGUUUGAAAAUAAAAGGGCCUUCACCUUUGAACCCUAAGGGCAUUUUAGUAAUUUCAUCUUGCCCUUGUCUAUAUUAGGCUUUCCUACGUGUCUAUUUAUAUCUGUGCCCUCUCUUGUAUGUGAUAUAGAAAAAUAAUAAAAAGUAUUCUAGUAUCGUGGUUUUUUCUCCCAGUUCUAGGGCUUUCCACAUAAAUGUCGUGUGUUCUUCUUCCUCUAUUUUCAUCAUGGUAUCAGAGCAUGGCAAUGAAACCCUAUCCGUCAUUGACGAGAAUCAACCAGUGGAAUCACAUUCUCCACCAGUCGGUGACACUGUUUUUGUAGGAAUUAGUGGCACCACCACCGCCGACGUAACCGCCACUGUACAGGUGGCCGUAGAACGGUACUUUCAAAUCACGUUUCCGCAUCUCCUCAAGCCAUUGUCAUUCUCGGCUGCAAUCGAGACCAAUCUAGUCACAGCCGACUAGCCAAAUGGAGCCGGCUGCACUUCCUUGACCGGUCCAAACAGCCACCAGACGCGAUCGACCAGCCAGCCGAACGUCUUCGACCAGCACGUCACCACCGGACUCGAUCAGAUCAUACCGCAAUUGCCUUCGACCACCAUGUCGGAGCUAGCUUCGACCAGCUCCAUGCUGCAGUCGACUGUUCGCGCUCUCUCUUGUCAAGCAGUCCCUCAGUCGCGCCAAGCAGCAACGGCGUGCCUGGCAUUUUGAUUCUGGUGGCCUUGAGCGCCGACACCAACAACAACCAGCAGGGUGGUUUUGAGCUUGGGGAGUCCUCUUCUUUGUACCUUGGACAGCAACCUGUUCCAGGGAGUCAGGGCACUAUAGGUCCCAUGAGUUUAUCCCCAAUAGAGGUCCAACGACAGUUCGCUCAUCUUUAACAACAGAUCACAGCUCUCAGAGCGGUUCUUGGGACAACCACAAACACUCAAUCUAUACCGGUGCAUAGUCGGAUAUUGGGAUAGCGACCAAUAACCUCAUUCAUGGAAGUUUGCUCGGAGGUUCAUCUUGAAGAAGACAGAUCAAGUGCCAUGAAUAACCCUGUAAUUUCCUCGAUAGAUUCCACUGCAUUUACUGCAAAGUCUUCUGGACCCCAUAGUGAUAAACAGAAUAGUAGACUCCUCCAAUUUGUGAACAAUGCAAGAAGCCUUGGCAUACUAAAGACCAGUGUUAGAAGUUGCGUGGUCGUCCACUCGUUAGUCACAUGAGAAGUCAAAUUCUGGACGGGCGCUUAUGAGUGAUUCAACAAAUGGUAAUUCUUAGUCUCAACCUCAGGUGAAUACUCAGAUUGAUUCUGGUACUGUCGGGAUCAGUGCUAUUGCUUAAUUAGGUACGAUUCAGUCCUUCGGUCUUAUUAGUAUUAAUGGUAAAAAGCCGUGGAUUCUUGAUUGGGGUGCUACAGAUCAUUUGACCGACUCAUCUGAUUAGUUUAUUUCAUAUUGUCCGAGUGCUAGUAAUGAAAGAAUUACGAUUGCAGAUGAGUCCUUCGCUCCUGUUGCAGGAAAGGGUAAUCUCUUCCCAUUUGAGGGUUUGACCUUAUAGGAUGUGUUAUAUGUCCCAAAAAUUUCUUACAACUUAUUGUCUAUCAGUAAAAUUAUGAGAGAUUUGGGCUGUCAAGUUGUUUUCUCACCUAAUACUGUUUUAUUUCAGGACCUGAGCUCGGGGAUGAUGAUUGGCACUGCUCGACACGAUAGGGAGCUCUAGGAACAAUUAUAGGGCUAGUUUUGUUUCUUCUUGUUAUUCUACUUCUGAAAAAGACUAUAUGUUGUGGCAUUUUCACCUUGGUCACCUUAGUUUUCAAUAUAUGCAAUAUUUAUUUCCUCAUUUGUUUCAUAAAGUUAAUGUCUCAUCCCUGUCUUGUGAUAUAUGUAUUCGUGCUAAACAACAUAGGGUCUCGUUUCAAUCUCAGCCUUACAAACCAUCUAAACCUUUCACUCUUAUCCAUAGUGAUGUUUGGGGUCCCUCACCCAUCACCACCUCUACUAGCAAACGUUGGUUCGUGACCUUUAUUGAUGAUUACACUCGCCUUACUUGGGUUUUUCUUCUCACUGAUAAGUCGGAGGUAUCAUUUCUGCUCCAAUAGUUCUAUACCACCGUGGAAGCUCAGUUUAACACAAAAUUGCUAUCCUUAGAAGUGAUAAUGGGUUGGAGUUCAUCAACAAUACCCUUCAUGAUUUUUUGGCAUCUAAAGGGAUCAUUCAUCAAAGCUCUUGUGCAUAUACUCCUCGACAAAAUGGGAUGGCUGAACGAAAAAAUCGCCACCUGGUUGAGGUGGCUCGGUCCCUCAUGUUGUCCACCUCUCUUUCGUCGUACUUAUGGGGGGAUGUUGUCUUAACUACAACACAUCUGAUUAACCGAAUGCCUUCCUGCAUUCUCAAAUUUCCCACUCCUCUUGAGUGUUUCAAAGAGUCAUAUCAAACCACCCGCCUUAUUUCCGAUGUCCUUCUCCGAGUGUUUGGGUGUAUUGCUUUCGUCCAUACUCACGGUCCCAAUCGUACCAAAUUUACCCCUCGUGCUCAGAAAUGUGUCUUUGUUGGCUAUCCUCUCCAUCAAUGCGAGUAUAAGUGUUAUCACCCGUCAUCUUAAAAGUAUUUUGUUUCAAUGGAUGUCACCUUUCUUGAGGAUCAACUUUUCUUUUCCAUUAGUCAUCUUCAGCGGGAGAGUUAUAGUGAAGAGACUAAUUGGUCCACAUCUUCGAUCCCUUCCGAUUUCCUCCUUGAACCUCCUUCUAAUUUCCUCCCUGAACCUAUCAUAAGUAUUAACGACACUGUCUUACUUACCAAAUAGGUCCCAUGGAUAACAUACUAUAGGAAGAAUCUCAGGAAGGGAAUCAUGCCACCCGUUGUUUCUCUGGUAAUGGUCCGUGAGUCGAACCCAACAUAAGCUCAAGAGAUGAUACUACUGAGAUUGACAGGCUGAAAAAGAAAAUGGCUAAGGAGUUUGAGAUUAAAGACCUUGGGAGAUUAAGAUAUUUUCUAGGAAUGGAAGUAGCACAGUCGAAAGAAGGAAUUUCCGUCUCUCAAUGGAAAUAUACGCUUGAUUUAUUAAAAGAAACAAGCAUGACUGGAUGUAAGCCCAUAGAAUUUAAUGCUAAGCUUGGCGAUUCUAUUAAUAGGAUUCCAGUUAAUAAAGAGAGAGAUCAAAAUUUAGUAGGGAAAUUAAUUUACCUAUCCCAUACUAGACCAAAUAUAUCCUACGCCGUCAGUGUGGUUAGCCAAUUUAUGCAAGCACUUUACGAAGAGCAUAUGAAGGCUGUAGAACGCAUCCUGAGAUAUUUGAAAACUACUCCUGGUAAGAAUUUGAUGUUCAGAAGAAUUGACAAACGAUGUAUUGAAGCUUACACUGACUCUGACUGGGCAGGCUCUGUUGUAGACAGAAAGUCAACGUUUGGGUAUUGUACCUUUGUGUGGGGAAAUCUUGUCACUUGGAGAAGUAAGAAACAAGAGGUGGUUGCUAGAAGCAGUGCUGAAGCAGAAUACAGGGCUAUGAGUCUGGAAAUAUGUGAAGAAAUUUGGUUGAAGAAAGUUUUGUCAGAUCUUUGUCAAAAAAGUGAUCAACCGAUGAAGCUCUAUUGUGACAACAAAGUUGCGAUAAGCAUAGUGAAUAAUCUGGUUCAACAUGAUAUAACAAAACACGUGGCAAUCGAUAGACACAUCAUCAAAGAAAGACUGGACAGUAGCAGUUUCUGUAUUCCUUACAUUCCUUUUGGUCAACAGGUCGCAGAUAUUCUCACAAAAGGAUUACUCAGACAAAGUUUUGAUUUUUGUGUUAACAAGUUGAGUCUUAUUGAUAUCUGCCCCAACUUGAGGGGGAGUGUUGAAAAUAAAAGGGCCUUCACCUUUGAACUGUAAGGGCGUUUUAGUAAUUUCAUCUUGCCCUUGUUUGUAUUAGGGUUUCUUACGUGUCUAUUUAUAUCUGUGCCCUCUCUUGUAUGUGAUAUAGAAAAAUGAUGAGAAGUAUUCUAGUAUGGUGGUUUUUUCUCUCCGUUCUAGGGUUUUCCACGUAAAUAUUGUGUGUUCUUCUUCCUCUAUUUUCAUCAGGAAUAGGUAGGUAUGAAGUAUGAAGGUGUGAAGUAUGAUGCACUCGGCAAGAUCAAUGGCCAAUGGUGAAGGAAUUCCAUAAGUAUGAUGCACUCCACACCUUUCAUGAUUCGGUUAUUGGGGGACACUCGGGGUACUUGCGAACAUACAAACGACUAUCGGCUGAGCUGUAUUGGGAUGGCAUGAAAUCGAAUGUGAAAAAAUACGUGGUCGAGUGUGCCAUCUGUCAACAAAAUAAGAUACAAGCCAUGUCUCUAGCUAGGUUAUUGUAACUUUUACCUAUUCCCAGUCGCACGUGGGAAGAUAUUUCCAUGGAUUUCAUGGAGGCCUUUCCCCGCUUGAAGAGUACGAUGAUUUUGUCGUGGACCGAUUGAGCAAAUAUGCCCACUUCAUUGCCUUGUCCCAUCUGUAUGUGGCUGUUCUGUUCGUGAAAGAAGUGGUGCGACACCACAGGUACCCUAGGUCAAUUGUGUCAGAUCGGGAUUGGGUGUUUCUCAAGUCAUUUUUGGAUAGAGCUUUUUCUGGUUGCAAGGUACCCAAUCAAAGUGUAGUAUACAAUGUAAACCCCCAGACUGAUGGACAAACGGAGGUGGUCAAUAAGAGUUUGGAACUUUAUUUGCGUUGUUUGUGCAACGAGAAACCGAAAUCCUAGAGUGACAACUUGCUGUGGGUAGAAUAUUGGUACAACAAGACGUACCACGCUUCGGUUAAGACUAACCCUUAUCAGGUGUUACAUGGUCAACCCCCACCACCAAUUAUAUCUUAUGGACAGUCGAAAAAAACAGUGAACUACUCGGUUGAACAGCAGUUACAAACCAGGGAUGAGACCUUGGUGGCCGUAAAGGAUCAUCUGAUCCACGUGCAAAACCAAAUGAAGAAGUUCGUGGAUGCCCACCGCCGUGAAGUGGUUUUAGAUACGGAGGAUUGGGUAUAUUUGAAGAUUAGACCCUACUGCCAGAAAUCCUUGGCUAAGAAACGUUGUGAGAAACUGGCCCCCAAAUUCUUUGGUCCAUUCCGUAUCCUGGGCUAUGUGGGAGAGCUCACUUAUUUAUUGGAUCUGCCGUCAUCGGCCCAAAUUCACCCGGUCUUCCAUGUCUCUCAAUUAGAGAAAGCGAUUGGCGACAAACACGUCGUGCAGUAGGAUCUUUCCCCUUUGAAUGAUGAAUUAGAAUGGGGUCUGAAACCAAGCAAAGUGUCUCAGAAGCGCUGGAAUGAGACAAAACAAGAGUGGGAAUGUCUUGUCGAAUGGAAAGGGCAGCCUGAUCAUGAAGCUACUUGGGAGUUCCAUGCUUUAGUUCGACAGCAAUUCCCGGAUUUCCACCUAAGGACAAGGGGACUCUUCUAAACGAGGGUAUUGCUAGGCCACCCAUUAAGAACGUUUAUAGGAGGGGUAAAAAGGGGUUUGCACCCCAGACAGAGAAGUAGUUGGCUGUGGACCCGCGAUGUACUUGUGACAGGGGAAUGUUGGUAUUUAUGUUGGUAUUUUUACCUUUGUUUUGGCUACGGUUAGUUAUCUUGUGUUUUGUGUAUGAACAAUACUGUGGAGAGAACAGCCCUCUUAGUUGGCUGUAGUGUUUUUUGUAUUCUCAUUUUGUUUAGUAAUUGAACCCGUUUCCCCUGUGUUUUGGGUUUAUUAUCGUACUUGAAUAUUGGAUAGUAAGGAAGGAUCCUUACACUCCUCUUAACUAUGGAUUUGGAAAAGAAAGUAUUCUAAGAAAGUGAACUAAGGAAGUUCUUUCCCUGAUGUAUAAUUCCUGGGAACAUCAAGAGAUAUAUUCCAAAAGAACACAACAGUCUAGCGACAGGGUUGACGCAAUCCAACCCCCACAAAAGAGAGCUGUAAAAGGAGGGUUUUUCAAUCACCAAUAAGCAUUAAAAGGAUGUAAUUACAAAAGAGUUUCUUGUGUAAUGAUAUUCACCAAGAGGCUGUAUUUUGUAUGCCAUCACAAAAAAUUAAAAAGGAAGAAGUAUAUCUUCACAGGAUCUAGAAUUUCUUUCCUUCCAAACAAGCCAUAAAAUUGCUGUAAAGGCUCAGCUACCCACCACUUUGGCCUUCUUUUCCAGAUCCAAGCAGCAAGGCCUUCCAGCAUCCAAGCAUCAAUGUUUUUAGGAAGGCAAAACUUAAACCCCAACUAGUUUGGUUGAGUUCAGAGGAUAGAUCCUGCAUUCACUCUUUCCCAGGCUGGUGUUUAAGAGAAUUGUGAGGUGAUAGAUUGAUUCUUCAUGUUGUGUUGUUUUGGAUGGAGCUGCCUGGUGGAUAUGCUUGGCACUUCUGGGAGUAAUCUGGUUCUUUUCCCUCCAUGUUUAAUACCUUUUUCUGUUGUGUUAUGCUGUACCCUUUCCAAGAUAAAGUGAGAUUCUUUUAGCUAAUAUGUCCAAGCUGGAAAAUUUUACUUGGGAGAAAUAGAAGGAUUUUCAAAGGGUUAGGGAGGGAUGUUACGAGGCUAAGGAGGUUAUUUCUUUUAUGGCCACCUCUGCCCUGGAUAAUGCAUUUUGUAAUUACACUUGUCUUUGAUCAAGGCCAAUUGAAGAGGAUUUCAAGAUAUCUUUUAGGUUCCAUGUCUCUCUUUGGACUUUGGGUGUUAGAGCUUUUUUGUAAUUACCCUUGAGGUCUCAUUUUGCUCAAUUGGUGCCCAUUUUUGUUUUUAGUUUUCCUCUUUUUGUUUGGGGUUGGUUUUUUAUAUCCCCUUGUAUUCUUUUAUUUAUUUUUUUUUGAAAGCUUCAUCAACCAAAAAGAAAAAAGGUCUUUUUGGUUUGCUAUGGAGAAAAUCUUCCUAUCCUUCCUCUUUGUACAACUUUCUAAUGGAAUCCUUUAAUAAAAGCCAAGAAAGAAGUUGAGAAGAGAAGAAGAAAGAAAAGAAAAGAAAAGAAAAAGAAAGGAGAAAAAGAAAAGGCAGCGGCAGUGGCAGUCAUGGAUGGGAGGUCAGGAGGAGGGACAAAAGAAGAGGGAGAAGAAGAAAACAAUAAAAAAAAGAUCAAGAAGAUUUGUUUAUUUUAAAAUAAAACAUUUAUAACUAAAAGUAGGGUGCCACAUAAACUCUACGUAACCCAUAUCUCAGGACAAAAAAUGUGAUUCUCAUGGAAAUAGUAGGAAUUUCACGUCUUUAAUAUCAGGUUUGGUUUCCAUGUACAAGAUUGGAAAUGGUAGAAGCACUAGAUUUUGGGAGAACCCUGUUAGACCACCAAUCAUCAACACUUACAAAAGGAGGGGUAAAAAAGGGAUACUACUUAGGAUAGUGGAGGUGGAAAAAAAAUAUUUGGGUGAUAAUGAUACAUAAUCGUGGAUGGGCUGAUAACCCUUUGGAAAAAGGGGACCGCCUCUUGGGAAUUAAAUAGCAGGGCAGCAAGGAGCAGGAGGCAGGUUUUGGGAAUUGUCUGAAGGAGCUUCAGCAAAAGGGAGAGAAGGCAGCCGUCUCGAAUUGGCUGGUUACUAUCUAUGUUCUUAGUAAUUUCCCUGUUUCAUUUCUUGUUCUCGAGCCUCUUAAAUUCUGUAUUUUCCCUUAGAAUCACAUAAAUAAAAUCACCACAGAGCCUUGCUCUGUUUUGUGGGGAGUUCGGUCUUGUUGGGUAUUCUUCUUUCUUUUGUUUGCAGGAUCCGGGUACCCAACAGACCCAUGGUUAUAUGACAACCCUAGCAAUUCGAGAAUAUAGGAACCUUUUGGUUCUUUCAACCUCUAAUCAAUAAAUUCCAAGACCCCCAAAAUCAAUCCGCACAACUCCAAGGAGAGUUAGACAAGGUUAUCUUGUGAUUGAAGAUUAGGUCUUAGGAGAACUAGUUCCCUACUCAAGUUUUGAAUAUUUCACAAGCAAGUCGAUCAAUCUUACUUAAAUGCUCAAGCAUGCAACUCCGGAUCAAGAAUUGCAAAAGGGAUGGUGAUGAAUUCCUAUCAUCAACCCAGAGAAAAAAUCUCAUUCCCCAAAUUCAAAAUUCAUAAUUGUUUUGUACAACCUAUGACCUGGCUUUUUAGAUAACCUCCCAAAACCCUAAUGUGUGGAAAUGACAAAAGUACCCUUAUUUAGCAUUUGAUAACAAUAAAAUUACAGCUAAACUAUUAAAGAAAAUAUAAAUAACAAACCCUUUGUGGUUCAUAGAAGGAAUGUAAAAAAUGAAUUGGAAGAAUGGCUAAUUCUGACCAGGAAAAUCGAGGGGAUCAGGCUUAGACCUUGUACAGACUCAAGGUGUCCCCUUGACCCAAUAGGUAACUUUGCCACACCAAACACCCCUCAUCCACCAAACCUCGUCUAUGUGAUCUGGAAAAGGAAAUAUCUCAGAUGUUAAAAUCUUCUUAUAGGGGGUGGUCAUGGGCAAAAUUAAUACUAUGGAGUACGUGCUAAAAAAGGGAAAAAAAAAAUUCUCUUCAACUGCUCUUUCCCCAUAAAUAUUCCUCCUCAGAAGAGGAACGGUGAAGCACAAGAUCACAUCUUUGUCAGCUACUCCUUUGCGACUUUUUUUUAUGCUUUCCUCCAGGCCUUCUGUUGGACAACUCCAUUACAAAAACAUAGUCAUCAACCUACAUGCUAUGACGGUGCCUCGUCCAUUCUGGAAGCUAGAAAAUUCCCUAUGGAUGAACAUGAUCAGAAGCUUCAUUUGGAUCAAUGGGCAGAGAGAAAUCAUAGAACCUUCAAUGGAAAGGAGUGGGAUGACUCAGUUAUAUGAUCUUAUUUUGUAAAUAACAGCCACUUGAUGCAAAUUUGGAAAAUUAUUUUGUAACUGUUGAGAUUUAUACUAAUUGGGAGGGAUUUUAGUAGCCUCCUUGGCCUCUUUUAUUUCAAAUUGGGGUCGGUUUCUGUGAUGUUAAUGAAUAAUUUACUUCUCUUUAAAGAUGCUGCAUUAUGCUUUCUGACUUCUAAAAGAUAGGCUUCAAUUCUCUUAAAGCCCUGUACAAAAUUUUUUCCCGUACGUGCUCCGUUCCCAAAUUUAAAUCUGAUAUAUAACUUUCUGUUAUUGAAUGC